AUGUUUCGGUUGAAUUCUCAUUUGCUGAGAGUUUUUAAUGGAGAUUUGGCUCAGAGGUUGAUCGGAGAAAGACCGCACAGGUGGGCAUUAAUACCAUGUUGCUGCCGUCUGCUGUCAACUUCACCAUCAUCUUUCGCUGUUAUGGAGGGCUCCACCCGUGUGCCUGCUAAUUGCCAGGUUGUCAUCUGUGGUGGUGGUAUCAUAGGUUCAUCGGUGGCAUACCAUCUGGCAGAACGAGGCUGGACUGAUGUUGUCAUUCUUGAACAAGGAAGCCUGACAUGUGGAACAACCUGGCAUUCGGUGGGUCUCGUUGGCCGACUUAGAUACAGCAGAACUGAGCUGAAAAUAGUCGACUACAGCAGACAGCUUUACGAGCGGCUGGAAAAGGAAGGCCAUGGUUUAGGAUGGAAGCAGUGUGGUAGUUUGAACGUUGCCAGGACAAAAGAUCGUCUGAUUGAUUUCAAGAGGAAACAUGCAGUAGCCAAAACUGUUGGUAUAGAGAUGCACAUUGUCUCCCCUUCUGAAGCCAAGAAAUUAUGCCCCUUGAUGUAUACAGAUGAUUUGGAGGGUGCAAUUUGGAUACCUCACGAUGGCGUUGUCACAGCACCAGACGUCAGUCUGACUCUAGCAAAGUUAGCCAAGGAGAAAGGAGUCAAGAUUUGUGAGGGCGUGGCAGUUCAGAAAGUAGUGACAGACCAAGGCCGAGUGACGGUCGUGGAAACCUCCCACGGGAAAAUCAAGUGUGAAUAUUUUGUCAAUUGUGCUGGCCAGUGGGCCAGGUCUGUCGGCAAGAAGACUGUUCCCAAAGCUGUGAAGGCUCCGUUACAUUCCUGCGAACAUUACUAUCUCAUCACCAAACCACAGGAAGGUGUUGAUCCAAUGAUGCCAGUGGUCCGAGAUUAUGAUGGCCAUGUUUAUUUUCGGGAAUGGAGUGGAGGGAUUCUAGCCGGAGGAUUCGAACCCAACCCCAAGGCUUGCUUUCACAAAGGCAUCCCUGACAAGUUUGAGUUUCAGCUUCUGCCUUCAGACUGGGACCACUUUCAAGUCCUGUUAGAUGGUAUAGUUCACCGGAUACCACUUCUGUCGUCUGCUGAAGUCCGCCAACUGAUCAACGGCCCUGAGAGUUUUACCCCAGAUUCCCAGUGGCUGCUGGGAAAAUCCCCAAAGGUAGAGAACUAUUUCAUUGCAGCAGGAAUGAAUUCUGCAGGCAUUGUUGGAGCUGGCGGAGUAGGCAAAUACUUGGCAGAAUGGAUUGUUGAAGGGGACACGAGUUUAAACCUCUGGGCAUAUGAUGUUAGGAGAUUUGUUCGUCUGCAUAAUAACAAAAAGUUUCUCAGGGAUCGUAUGACAGAGGCUUUUGCCAACCACUAUCUGUUGAAAUAUCCAAGAGAAGAGUACAAGACUGGCAGGAAACUGAGGUGCUCUCCCUUACACACUCGGUUGGAGGUCGCUGGUGCUGUGUUUGGUGAAACUAUGGCAUACGAAAGGGCCAUGUAUUUCCAGAUUGAAGAAACCUCAUUCGGGAAAGAGACUGGUGCCAUGUGGUCGUGGUCGAAGCCAUGCUGGUUCGAGGCAGUGCAAGAGGAGUACUGGGCCUGUAAAGAAAGGGUUUGUCUCAUGGAUAUGUCCUCGUUUUCCAAGAUAGAAGUCCGGUCACGUGGAGACGAAGCUACUGCGUACCUUCAGUACCUGUGCUCCAACAACAUUGAUCAUGAAAUCGGCACCAUUGUCCAUACAGGCAUGCAGAACCGUCAUGGAGGAUUUGAGAAUGACUGCACAGUGGCUCGGCUCGAUACAAACCAUUAUUACAUUAUCUGCCCGGCCACCCAGCAGACGCGAGCGAUAGCCUGGAUGAACAAACACCUGCCGGCCGACGGGUCAGUCCAGGUCACGGAUGUCACAUCCAUGUUUUCUGGUAUCAACUUGAUCGGACCUCAUGCCCAGCAGUUACUAGCCGACGUCUCUGACUUUCCCACCAACAAAUCGGCUUUUCGGCCGAUGACGGUGCACAUCAUUGAUGUCGGUCAUGCUAGUAGCAUCCGGGCCAUGAGGCUGACCCACACUGGAGAGGAUGGGUUUAUUUUGUACAUACCUUCAGAGUAUGCUCUACACGUCUAUGACACUCUGAUGACGGCUGGCAAAGAUUAUGGCAUACGUAAUGCCGGAUAUUACGCCUUACGACAUUUACGUAUAGAGAACUUCUUUGCCUUCUGGGGCCUUGAUCUGGAUGACAAAACCACACCGCUGGAGUGUGGCCGAGGCUUCAGGACAAAACUGGACGAGAAUGAUAAUUUCAUUGGCAAGGCUGCCUUGUUGGAACAGCGCCGUGUCGGAGUCAAGCGGAGGUUCACCCAGUUCUUAUUGGAUAACUAUGAUGUCCACAAGGACUUGUGGCCUUGGGGAGGGGAGCCUAUCUACAGAGAUGGCCAGUUUGCCGGACUUACCACCACCUGUGGCUAUGGGUUUACUAUGGACAAGAUGGUUUGCCUGGGUUUUGUCAGUCAGAUCGAUGAGAACGGGGAGAUGCUCACCCAGACAAGCAUCAAUGAGUGGGUGAUGAACAAGAACGCUAAAUAUGAAAUAGACAUUGCCGGGGUUCGGUACCCUGCAAAGCCAGGAAUCUUCACACAGAAGAUGUCUUUUCAGGUGGUGGAGCCUUUGUUUGUCCCCGCACCUAAUGUAUCUCCAACUAAAUAA